AUGUCUCCUGAAGACCAGCGAGCAUUCAGCACACUUGGAGUCACUCUUGGCGAAGCUGAAGUGCUGCUGGACAGAUACAAGCGCCUGAUGGCAUCAUCUUUACCUUUCGUAUGUCUGGCGCCGGCAGUGACAGCACAGGAGCUGUGGAGCAAGCAGCCACUCUUACUCCAUGCCAUUGCCACGGUAACGUACUUUCACGACUUACCCAAGCAACAAUCCUUGGUCAAAGGCUUGAUGCGGGAUGUGACGGAGCGCAUACUCAUAAAUAACGAGAAACAUGUCGGGAUUGUGCAGGGACUGCUGGUCUUCGUUGCAUGGUACCACCCUCAUAUAUUCUGGGGUCAACAAGUCACCAAUCUGCUCCACCUCGCCAUUGCCAUGACGAUUGACUUAGGCAUCGAUCGUGCCCCGGGCCAGUGCCAGACGGAUUUUAAAGCAGCCACAACAAAAGCUUGGCAUGGACCUGGAAUGAUCUCCCGUGUCAUGACAAUGGAAGAGUACAGGGCGACAGCUGGAGUCUACUACUUGACGUCCAUGCUCGCUUCCUCCUUCAAAAAGAUCGAUGCCUUGCCAUAUACCAAGUUCAUGGACGAGUCAUUGCAGGUACUGGAAGAAACCCGAGAGUACGACAGUGACCUACUUCUCGUUCAGUUGGUCAGACUACAACACCUGGCCGAGGAUACGCAUACCGCCGAGACGCCCAACGCGCCAAUGCAGAUGUACGUGAAAGCGUUCGAGGCGGACCUGGCGCAGCUCCGCCAACGCGAUCCCAGUCCAGAUAGCACCAAUAUCCUACUCAAAAUGCAGUAUCUUACUGCUGAGAUCUUGGUCUGGGAGUUAAGCUUGAAUGAGCUGCAGGAAAGCUCAACUAAACCGUUACGAUCACAUAUCGAUGACUUAUAUCGCUGCAUUGAUGCGAUUAAGCGCUUUGCGGACGUCUACUUUUCGAUACCGUCGAACGACUAUCUGAUUCUCCCCUUCUCAGUCUUCGGUCAAUUUGCCCAUGCUUUCAUCGUCCUUACAAAGAUUGCUUCGCUGGAGAUAGAGGGCUGGGACAUCAAGACUCUCCAUCUAUCCUUGGAUUUCGCCCAAGUGAUCGAGCAGGCCGCUGUCCUUUUCGACGCUUCAUGCAAGUCUGCUCCGGAUGGCCAGCAAGUCAACAAUGAGUGUUUCGGCAAAUGGGCUCACCGCAUCAGAUGGAUGAAGCAGGUAUACGAGGCAAAGUUCAGUCCAUCGAAUAGCAACCUUGCUCUCGCUCUUCCGACUAUGCAGUCUACCGACCACAGGCAGCUGUACAAAGACGUGACACAAGAGGCUACAACUGGACAGCAUAAUCCUCAAAGUCAGCCUACGCCACAGCAGCCUACACCCCCCGACGAUAUACUGUCUGCGGACUUCUUCAACUAUCUUGACAACGACUUCUGGAACAGCUUUCCACCGGAGUAUGAUCUAGGCUUUCCGGACAUGUCACAGAAUGGUACAAGUCCAGGUUAUGGUGCUGUGGGAGGAUGA